GCUGUGUUAGUCACCCAAGUUGGUCCCCACUGACCCAAACUAUGCUUCUUCGGCUUUCUCUUUAAUAUUUUCUCCUUAACAGUUCGCAAAAUAUUUCAUAUUUCUGUGAAAUUUUUCAGUUAUUAAAAUGCAUAAAGUUCUUUUAGUGUUUUAAGCGUUUUAAGUGGGCACAAAGGGCAAAAGAAAAGCCAAGUAGAGUGUGAGAGGAAAGUGUUUGGUGAAAGUUGGAGAGAGGAGAAUUUUUCUUGAUCUCUAUUGGAAUUUCUAAAAAUACCGCGCGCGAUCUUCUGGGGAAUUCACCUUGACACAGAAUCAGCGCCAAAAUGCCAACUUCUGGACCAAUUACGAAACAAGGCUCCAUUAAGCGACAGGGCUCAGCAAAACGCCGCAAAUCAUCCCUUGGUGGUUCACAGCAGCAAACACCGAAAGAGGUCCCGUGGGACCUCUUCGAUCGGCUCCUAAUACCCCUGAUUAGCUGCCAUGCGGUCGCCAUUAUCCUUUCAACAAUUCUCAAUGUCCUACGCAUUUCGCAAGUCUCAACAUUCGCUUUGUUUAUUUGGUUCGCCCUCUCAACAACUGGAGCAGUUAUGUUCUACCAUUUACUAAAGGUAUCUGCUUCCGGAAAGGGAGUCCUGGUGACGGGAUGUGAAUCACCAUUAGUUUGGCACCUGGCACGUCAUCUGGAUGAGAUGGGAUUUACGGUUUUUGCGGGCUUUACGCAUCUUGCUGACUCGGAAGAGGCAGCAAUUCUCAAGGAAGAAUGUUCAGGACGAAUGAAAGUUCUCCAAUUGGAUGUAACAUCCGAGACACAGAUGCUGGAAGCUUCACUACAUAUAAGUGAGAAUCUACCAGAUGGAGCUAGGGGCCUCUGGGCGGUGAUCCAUUGUGCAGCUUGGGUGGCUCUUGGGGAAUUUGAAUGGAUCCCAUUUAACGUCCUCCGGAAGGCAAUAGACAUCAAUCUCUUGGGAACGGCUCGUCUAACGCAGAUUAUGUUGCCGUUGGUGAGACGAGCCAACGGACGUCUGGUUUUCCUAUCUUCUGCCCUGGCACGAAUCCCAUCCCCUGUGCGGGGGAUUCAGAGUGCCACACAGGCUGGGAUUGAGGGUCUGGCCAUUUGCCUACGCGAAGAGCUCCGUCCACGUGGGGUGGAUGUAUCCGUUGUGGCUGCCGGGGAGUACGUAACCGGGACAUCGUGGCUCAAUGACAAAUUGCUGAUGGAACAGGCGUCGCAGAUGUGGGCCCGACUAAGUGAUGAGCAACGGAAGGUGUACGGCAAGGAGUACUUUGAGAACGCCAUCAGGUCCCUUGAGAAAUACACCAAAGUGACAGCAGACUUUACACCGGCAAUCAGAUCUCUCGUCGAUGCCACCAUUAGGACGUUCCCGCUGCCACGCUAUACGCCAGUUACUCGUGCUGAAAAAAUUCAAACACUAAUUGCUCAACAUCUCCCCAAAUCUGUCUACGAUACCAUCUAUCGCAAGUAGUUGUGCACAGCAUUUGUAUUUCUGAAAUAAAUAUGAGUUAUUUGGGGUGUA